AUGGAUACCGAAAAGUACCAACCGUCCGAGACGAUGGCCAAGAACCAUGAGAUUGGUGUGACCUAUGCGAUCGUCGACAAAGCUGCUGAACGCGCGUACGUCCGCAAGAUCGAUCUCUACCUCCUGCCCUUCCUCUCCCUCAUGUACUUCUUCAACUCAGUUGACCGAAGCAAUCUCGGCAACGCAAAGACCGAUGGCAUGGAUAAAGAUCUUGGCUUCACAGGCGAACAGUACAGCCUAUUGAUUCUGCUGUUCUACGUUCCAAACGGCCUGUGCGACUUACCCUUGAAUAUGAUGACGAAGAAGUGGAGCGGGAAGGUCAUGCUGCCUUCUCUGAUGCUGCUCUGGGGCGCUAUGGCACUAUUGCAAUGCGCAGCGAAGAGCUUUGGCGGGAUGCUUCCGCUGAGAUUGCUCAUUGGAGCCUUUGAGGCGGGAUUCUUUGCGGGAGUCGUGUUCUACUUGACGUUAUUCUACACACGUGGUGAACUUGGAUUUCGCAUCUCGAUCUUCUUCGGAAGUGCGCUGCUUGCGGCGGCCUUCAGUGGGUUGAUCUCGUAUGGUGUUUUCCAGAUUCAGCAUUCGAUUCCGGGAUGGAAGUGGCUGUUCAUCAUCGAAGGCGCCAUGACCGUCAUCCUUGCUCUCAUCGCGUACUUCUGGCUUCCUGCAUCGCCAGCAAACGCGUGGUUCCUCAAUGAAGCCGAGAAGCAGCUUGCUGAACGCCGCACCCUCCGCGAUCUGUCAAGCACCGCCCACUCGGACUUUAACCUGCACGACUGCUUCCGUAGCUGGAAGAACUGGAAAAUGAUACCCUGGUGUAUCAUCGCAUUCACGUACCCCGUCGCCUUCUCUACAACAUCCAACUUCCUACCGCAGAUCGUUCAACGUCUAGGUUAUAGUGUAGUCAAGACCAAUCUCUGGACCGUGGCACCAAACGCUGUUGGCUUCGUAUUCCUGCUGGCUGUCACCUAUAGCAGUGACCAUUUCCGCGAGCGCACAUUUCACAUCAUCUUCGCACUGUCGGUCUCGCUCGUCGGCCUCAUCAUCCUUGCGACGAUUGACGUCCUCGCCAACAAAGGUGUCGCGUACUUCGCUUGCUUCAUGCUCUGCGCCGGCGCGUACAUCCCUUCUUGUCUUGUCCACUCAUGGCAUAACAACAAUAACCUCAAUGAAUCGUCUCGUGCGGCUACAACGGGUUUGCUCGUCGGCCUAGGUAACCUCGGCGGUAUUGUCAGUGCGGCGACCUUCAGGCAGGAGUACUCCCCUAAGUACAUUCCUACUUUGGCUGCUACAGCGGCCUGCAAUGUCGUGUGCAUUACGGUGACUGCAGGGCUUGGGGUCUGGAUGAAAAUGGAGAAUCGACGGCGGGACAGGGAGCAAGGCGUUAGGAUCAAGCCAGAGGAGGUACCGACUGAGAUGCUGGGUGAUGGAGAAAAGAGUGAGAUGUGGAGGUUCUUCACUUAG